AUGGUGAAUGAUCAGAAGGUUUUGUUUCCUCCACUACACAUCAAACUGGGUGUCAUGAAACAGUUUGACAAAGAGUCUGCUGCCUUCAAAUAUCUUCAAGACUUCUUUCAUAAGCUUUCACAGGCAAAGGUGAAAUCUGGUAUCUUCAUUGUGCCACAGGUAAGGAAAAUUAUGGAGUGCUCAGAAUUACUACAGAAGCUCACAGAAAAGGAGAAAAAAGCUUGGGAGGGAUUCAUUGCUGUAGUACAUGGUUUUCUUGGCAACAAGGCUGAUAACUAUAUGGAACUGGUUGAAGCUUUAGUCAAAAAGCUAUGUAAAGUGAGUGUUGGCAAUGCUGACCGACUUAUUCGCAAAAGAAAAGAUACCAGUGAACAUGAAUUUAAGUUUGUUGCAUGUGUAGAAGAAGUGUUUGGUAUUAUUAAAACAGCUCAUGAAGCUAUUGGCCAUGGAGGUGGCAAGAAAACAAUUGCAGAAGUGAGAAAGAAAUGGUCAAACAUCACACAAGAAGUAUGCUACCUCUACAUUUCAUUCUGUGAGCACUGUCAUCAAAAGAAAGCCAGAAAAACUCCAAAGGGUUUGGUAGUAAAACCGGUACGCAGUCAUGAUAUCCAUUCUAGAUGCCAGAUAGAUCUUAUAAAUUUUCAAACAUUACCUGAUGGAAACUUUAAGUACAUCAUGACAUAUGUAAAUCAUUUCAGCAAAUUUUGUGUGUUGCGUCCACUGACAUCAAAAAGAGCAGAGGAAGUCGCAGCGAACCUUCUAGAUAUAUUUCUGACAUUUGGAGCACCUGCUAUUUUACAUUCCGACAACGGACGGGAGUUUGUGAAUGCCAUCAUCACCGAGCUUUCAAUGCUAUGGCCAGAGCUGAAGCUGGUGACUGGACGCCCACGUCAUCCUCAAAGCCAAGGAGCUGUUGAACGUCUAAACGGUGUGAUCCAGGACAAACUAACCAUUUGGAUGAGGGAAAAUAACAGCAAAAAGUGGUCAGUAGGUCUUAAGUUUGUUCAGUGGCAAGUUAAUAUCAGUCAGCAUGAAACAACUGGCCACAGUCCUUUUAAAGUUACAUUUGGACUAGAUCCGCAAGUUGGAUUAGCAUCAUCUAUCGUGCCAAGUACAGCUUUUUGUAAUAUAUUCACCGAGGAAGAUCUCGAGUCAUUUCUGGAAGCAGAGACUGAGGCAGAAGCAGAGACAGGUGCAGAGGCAGAAGCAGCAACAGGGGCAGAGGCAGAAGAAGUCUUGACCUCAUACGGGCAGGACGUGUGA